AUGGAGAAUUUUAUUACAGUCCCUCUAAGGAUUGAGGAUAUGGACAAGGCAUUGAUCAAGGAGACACUGGUGGUAUUGAAUAUCCAACCUAAGGAAGAUUUCCGGCUUGUCAAAGCGGUGAUUCCAGAAGGUACAUUUUCAGGCAAUAUCAAUAUAAAGCAAUGGCUAGCGUCCAAAAUGCUAAGUGAGCCCGAUGACGAGCAAUGGAUCCUAUUAAUGCAUAAGCUCAUACCACUUCUGCAGACACCAGGAGCGGUAAACAGCCCCCCUAAUGAUGAUAACGAUAACUAUGAUAAUGAUAACGAUGAUAAUGAUAACGAUAGUGAUUUUACGGAUGAGAAGAAUGAAAAGUAUACCAAUUUGCAAUUAUACGGCAAAUUUACUAUGAGCAAAGAAAGCUAUGAAGAUGGAGAGCUCAAGGAAGACUUUGAUUUGGUGGAAAACUUCUUGACUAUUUAUGUGCGGUCAAACCAAACUGUCAGUAAGACAUAUGGAAGCUUUAAAUUAGAGGAAGCUGAUAAUGAGCUGAUUGACUUCUUUAAAUGGAUCAAGAAACUUAUCUACAUGAAAGAUUCACUAACUAAUACUGUAAAAUAUCUGCAAAAACGUAUUCAUAGCCUUGAAUUCGAAAGAGAUGAAUAUAAGAAGCUGACGGAAGAACUAAAAGCCAAUAAUAAGAGAGUCUUGGAUGAUUUGAUGAAUAAUUUCGCCUUUAUUUUGAACAGCAAGAAGAGAAAGAUAGUGGAGCUCACUGCUGGAGAUGGAGGCGACCCACUUUCCGGCCUUAACCGCAAGUUUGAAGCAGAUAAUAGAAGCAAACUCGACAAUAUUACCAUUGAUGAAAAAGUAUUGGACAAGUUACCAAACAAAUUGGAUGCCAAGUUCAGCGGGGGUAUCAAGCGAGCAAAUAAAAGAGCUACACGGGAAUCCUCCAAGAGAAGACAAAAGUCAGCGAUGUAUGAAGAAGAACAGACAGAGAGUGGAGCUUCAGGUGAAGAACCAACCGAAUAUAGGUCUGAAGAAAUUACUAGGAACGGCUCUAACACCACUUCUUUGACCGAUAGACAGAUUGUUGAUGUGGUUAUGGGCCAGGCUGUUGUAAAACACGAAGAGGAUAGUGAUGCUACUGAACUAAGUGGAUCAGAGUCUGAUUCUGGCAGGUCUGCAGAUUCCCCAGGUUCAACCCAGAGAGAUGAGGAAACAGAAGAAGGAAAUAAAGAUGUUGGUAAGGGAGAAGUCGGAGACAGUCUCACUGACUAUAGUGAAUGA